CUCUCCUGUCUACCCUACCCGGUCCAGGCCCUGGAGUUUUCUUGCCUCCAGGCCUGACCUGUCCUCGGAGCCAGGCACAGGAAGGGAGACAGGCAGGCUCCUGGGGCUUGCUGGGAAUUGCUCCCAGUUCCGUGGGAGAGAGGCCACCCCCCCAGCACCCCCUGAGGGGCAGACAAGCCCCUGGGGAAGUCUGGGGGUGCAGGGUCAGGGAGGCGGGAACCCCCCAGGACCCCAUCCCACCAUCUCUGACCUCUCUGGCUACCUGGUUCCUCACCCCAGCUUCUCCACGGCCCCAGGAAGGAGGGCCUGGAUCUGCCAGCCCCUCUCUCAGGAUCUCCCCACUUCUGGGCCCACCUCCCAGCCAUAAGGAGCCCCCUAGACACAGGGGUGGACAGAAGCCAUGUGGGCAGCCCGAGAGACACACAGGGGUCCCUGGGUUGGCAGGGCUGCCUGGCUACGGACAGGCCCUUUGGGGCCCCAGCCCCUGGCCAGCCUUUGGAGGAACAGCCGACGGCUCCCGCCCUCCAGGGUGUCCCUUCUGGGCUCUUACCUUAUCCUUGGGGUCCCUUUUAGUACCAAGGGCCUUUCUGUCCCCUCUACUCCUCUGCACAGAUCCUGGGGCGUUAGUCACAGUGUGAUAAUGGCAGUGAUUCCCGGUACGGAUGACGGAGAGGUGGCUCACGACCAUGCUCCCUCUGUGUUCUCCCAGCCCUGGGGGGUGAGGAUGGGAAAGCUCUGGCUUAUUUGGAGGAGGUCUUGUCAUCGAACUCACUCUAGGGUGGGAGUACAGGUGAAGGCCUCUGGCUCCCACCCAGCCCUGAGCUUCAUGUGCAUUUGGAGGCGUAAGGGGUGGGCUGGUGGCUGGUGCCCGAGACCCUCCUUCCCACCAGACCUUCCUUCCCAGCCUCUGAGGGAGACCGGCCUGUGGCCGUCACCUGCCUGGUGCCAGGCCUUCCUUCCCAGCUGCUGAGGGAGAGUGGCCUGUGGCCAUUGCUUGCCUGGUGCCAGGCCGUUUUAGGAGAUCCUCAAUCCUGUCAGCCAGGACUAUCCCUACUUUAUGGACAAGGAGAGAUGGCUCAUGAGAUUACACAGGCCCGCUCAGAGGCCUAACCAGCAAGCUUGGGGGCCAGGUCGGCCCCUACUGCCUGGACCCCAGCCCGGCUCCUUGGCUGAGCCCGGCUGCCCGGUGACUCAGACCCGCAGAGUCUGCUGAGCGGGCGAGGGCCAGGGCGGGGUGCCAGCAGGUAUAAGGCAGCCGGCCAGGCGCCGACAGCCCGACCUCACCAGGAGAAGAUGCAGCUCCACACUGGGCUCCUGCUGGCUGCCGUCCUGAGCCUGCAGCUGGCUGCCGCGGAAGCCAUAUGGUGUCACCAGUGCAUGGGCUUUGGAGGGUGCUCCCGUGCGUCCAGAUGCCUGAGGGACUCCACCCACUGCGUCACCACUGCCACCCGGGUCCUCAGCAACACCGAGGAUUUGCCUCUGGUCACCAAGAUGUGCCACGUAGGCUGCCCCGAUAUUCCCAGCCUGGGCGUGGGCCCCUACGUAUCCAUCGCUUGCUGCCAGACCAGCCUCUGCAACCAUGACUGACGGCCGUCCUCCUCCAGGCCCCCGGACACUCAGCCCCCACGGCCCCCACAGCCUGGCGCCAGGGCUCACGGCCGCCCCUCCCUCGAGCCUGGCCAGCCCAUAUCUUCGGGCCUCUGCAGCCACCAUCCAGCAUCACUUGUCCUAGGGAAGUCCUGCGUGGAGUCUUGCCUAAAUCUGCUGCUAUCCAAGCCUGGGGCCCGUCCUGCCUGCCACCCCUUCAGGUCCCGACCUCCCCACAAUAAAAUGUGAUUGGAUCAUAUGGCACAAGCUA